AUGUGCACAAGUGAGAAAAAAACUCUAGAGAAAAUUAGACUUCUAAACUGGUGUGACCAUUUUAUAAAAGAAAAAAUUCCAAGGAAACAGAAAGUAUACGUUUCCUUCGAUUCGAAAGCUUCAAGAAUUCAAUUGUUUCAUAGAAUAAUCAUUCCACUCCGUACGAAAAACUUUAGAAUAAGAAUCAAAAUCACAAAUCUGACUCCCCUGAAUAACAAUAUCUCAUCUCCUCUCUUUCACCUUUUGAAGCAAAAGACAGGAAAAGAGAAAUUGCUGUUUUUGAUUGAUAAAUUUGAAAUUAAUAACCCUCUCCCCUGA